CUGCACUACAGGACCCUCCUGGGCAGCAGAGCUUGUGUCCACAUGGCAGCAGCUGCCUGGGCCAGUGCCUUUCUCUAUUCAUUGCUGCACACAGCCAAUACAUUUUCUCUGCCCCUGUGCCAUGGCAAUGCCCUGGGCCUGUUCUUCUGUGAAAUCCCCCAGAUUCUCAAACUCUCCUGCUCACAUUCCUACUUCAGGGAACUUGGGCUCAUUGUGUUCAGUGCCUCCUUAUUAUUUGGCUGUUUUGUGUUCAUUGUUUUCUCCUAUGUGCAGAUCUUCAGGGCUGUGCUGAGGAUCCCCUCUGAGCAGGGCCGGCACAAAGCCUUUUCCACCUGCCUCCCUCACCUGGCCGUGGUCUCCCUCUUCAUCAGCACAGUCAUGUUUGCCUACCUGAAACCCCCCUCCGUGUCCUCUCCGUCCCUGGAUCUGGCCCUGUCAGUUCUGUACUCAGUUGUGACUCCAGCCCUGAACCCCUUCAUCUACAGCCUGAGGAACCAGGAGCUCAAGGCUGCAGUGUGGAGACUGAUGACUGGAUGCUUUCAGAAACAUUAA